CCUUCAAAAAGUCCAACCAAGAUGACAGAGUUCAUUCUCAUGGGAAUCACCAAUCAACCAGAGCUGCAAGUCCCCCUCUUCGUGUUGUUCCUAAUGAUCUACAUUGUCACCCUAGUAGGGAAUCUUGGGAUGAUUGUGCUAAUCAAAACUGAACCCCGACUCCACACCCCCAUGUAUUUCUUCCUUAGCCAUCUGGCCUUUGUUGAUCUCUGCUAUUCCUCAACCAUCACUCCCAAAAUGCUGGUUAAUUUCUUAGCAGAGAACAGAACAAUUUCUUUUAAUGCUUGUGCUGCACAGCUGGGUUGUUUUCUGACAUUCAUGAUCACGGAAUGCUUCCUUCUGGCUGUGAUGGCAUAUGACCGUUAUGUGGCCAUCUGUAACCCAUUGCUCUAUAAGGCUGUUAUGUCCCAGAAAGUUUGCUUUCAGUUGGUGGCUGGUCCCUAUAUCUACAGCUUUUGUGUCUCCCUAUUCCACACCAUCAUUACGUUUCGUUUGUCCUUCUGUGACUCCAACAUGAUCAACCAUUUCUACUGUGAUGACCUCCCUCUGCUGGCCCUUUCCUGUUCCAACAUCCACACCAAACAGAUACUAAUCUUUGCCUUUGCUGGCUUUGAUAUGAUCACUUCUGUUUUGAUUGUUCUUAUAUCCUACCUCUAUAUCUUUUCUACUAUCCUGAGGAUAAACACUGUUGAACAAAGGUAUAAAGCCUUCUCCACCUGUGCUUCCCAUCUCAUAGCUGUCACUCUUUUCUAUGGCACUCUGAUCUUUAUGUAUCUGCAGCCCAGCUCUAGCCACUCACUAGACACGGACAAAGUGGCUUCGGUGUUCUACACAGUGGUCAUCCCCAUGCUCAACCCCAUGAUAUACACCCUGAGGAACAGAGAGGUGAAGGCUGCUCUGAAGAAGGUUAUAUCUAAAAGGCUGGAGAUUUAA